ACAGCUGACAUCUGUCAUUUUAACGAGUAAAAAGAAUUUGUGUUGAAAUCUCUCGCCUUUUUUUUGGUCUCACCGGUGUUAACUGAAAUCGGAUUAUUGCUAGCAAUAUCUCAAUUGAAUUGGAAUUGUCAUUUCACUGAGUCGACGAAGAUCUAAACUCAAUAAAAACAGUUGACUGCUACUGCAUCGCGUAUAAGUGAAAAAUGUCGAAACAUCUGAGCCGGCUCAUUGCAUCGUCCAAAUUCUAUACAAAACCCUCACCGAGACUACAGCUGCAACAGUUCAGACAACCGAUUAGAUUUCAAGGAACCGUUGAGCCGGGUAAAGGCAAGGGUCCAAUAUCGUGGAAAAGUUUCUCGGUGUUCGCCGUCACUGGUGUCGGUGUGCUCGGAUUCUUCUAUUAUGUAAAGAAUGAGAAGGAAAUGGCCAUUAUGAAGGAACGAAAACGGCAGCUGGGCAAGGCAGCGAUUGGUGGCAAAUGGGAAUUGGUGGACACCGAAGGGAAGACUAGAAAAUCGGAAGAUUUCCUGGGGAAGUGGUUGCUCAUUUACUUCGGCUUCACGAAUUGUCCGGACAUAUGUCCCGAUGAACUGGAGAAAAUGGCUCAUGUCGUUGACGACCUCGAAAAAUCCGAUAUGAAAACAGCGAUCCAGCCAAUAUUCAUCACAGUGGAUCCGCAGAGAGACACAAAAGAAAUUAUCGGAAAAUAUGUCAGAGAAUUUUCGCCGAAAUUCAUCGGUCUGACCGGCACUAUUGACCAGAUAAGCCGUGUGUGCAAGGCAUUUCGUGUCUACUUCAGUGCCGGACCGAAGGAUCAACAGGACGAUUACAUUGUUGACCACACAAUCAUAAUGUACCUGGUUGAUCCGGACGGUGAAUUCGUUGACUAUUAUGGCCAGAACAAAAAUCGAGAACAAGUCGGUGCAUCCAUACAGAUUAACAUAGCCAAAUACGAUAAGGUGAACAAGAAGUCGUGGUUUUGAAUCGGGGCGCCGGACGGGAGCGAUAGAAUUU